GUAAACGAUGAAAACUUGCUGCUGCAAAGUUCAAUAAAACCGUAAAACAUAGUUAUCUCAUUUUUCUCUUUGAAUUUUCGUUAUGUUAUUGGUUUUAUCUCAAGAGCAUAAAGAUCAUCUUCGGAUUUUAAAUGACUUUCAAGUCGAAGUUGCUGAGGAGUUCUGCAAAAUGUCCCUGGAGUUUAUUCUGAAAGGAUCGAGCUCUAAAAUCUAUCAAACAGCAGCUCAGAAACUUGGGGUUGCAACAAAUCAAGUAAAACAAGCCAUUGAAGGAUUAGUUUUUCUUUUCAAUGAAAGCUCUCGUUUGUUGAUUGGAGAAAUUGAUUUUCAAGACUCAGUGAUGACCCUGGGUUUUUCUGAAGAAUUAAAUAAACUAUUACUUCAGCUUUAUCUAGAAAACAGACUUGAGAUAAGAAAAAUUUUGGGAGAAUUAUCAUUGGAUUUACCUCAUUACCAUAAUUUAGAAUGGAGAUUUGAUGUUCAGCUUGCCAGCCGAUCACUUCAUCAUGAAACAGAACCUCAAAUUCUUUUAAAACUUCAAACAAAACAUGAAGGUGAAACAGAAUUUCAGAUUAUGCAAACGGACCCCGUAAAUCUUGUUCAUAUGACGACCGAGUUAGAAAAUGCUUUAGCUGAAAUUAAAACAUCAUACUGUCGCAGAAUUUUAAGAAACAUUAAAUAAGUCUUUCGCCGUGCAUAAACAUCAUACGUUUUAAUUAAAAAAUGCAAAAUUUCUAUGUUCAUUAUGUGGAGUGUAGAUUUUUUAGAUGAUAGAUUGAAAGGAAAUUCUUGCUUUUUCUGUAUGUCAGACUAAGCUGCUAUGUAGCUAAAUAGGAAAUAAGGCCUGUUUCAAACGUCGCAUUUUACAUCAGCCGAAUUCAUUUAAACAAAAUAUAAUGAGGAAUUUUAUCUCAUUUUCUUUUGUCUUUAAUGCGUUCGGCUCAUGUAAAAUGCGAUGUUUGAAACAGGCCUAAGAUGAGUUGUGUUGGUUACUGGAAAACAUCGACGCUGCUAGUCGGCCAUUAUAAUUCCACCUGUUUUUCGACAAAAACUACGCUGUGCACGUGUUAAUAAAUAUAUCCAUGUAACGAAAAUGUUAACAUCCACUUGCAGAAAAUCAAAUCUUUGUAUACUUUGUAACUAAAAUCUGGUGAAUUUAAAAUUAGUUUUAUAUCAGCUUUAGGUAAUCCUCUUAAUAUGGUAAUUGUUUACAACGUGUAGAAGUUAACUUGUUUUAUAAAAAAAUGUUUAGUCAUG